GAGGGCGUAAAAAACACUCUGAUUUUUUUGCAAGUCGGUGUUUCAUAACCUGAGACGCAAAGCUGCAUUUAAUGUCAUGUCUAUCCUGUCUUUAAUCAAUGGAUACCUCACUAUGCUAUCGUCGAUAACUAAUUGAUUGAACAUCAUUUUAACAGCAAAACAAAAUACACAACUGUCAACAAAAUUAUGACAAUUCAUAAUUUAUAUAUAUUUUCCAAAAAUGGAACAUUACUGUAUUAUGCAGAAUGGAAUAGGUUGAAUAAAUCUGGAAUCACAAAAGGAGAGGAAGCAAAAUUAAUGUAUGGAAUGUUAUUUUCUAUAAAAUCAUUUGUAAGUAAAAUAUCGCCAUUGGAUCCAAAAGAAGGAUUUUUAUAUUAUAAAACUAGUAAAUAUACAUUGCAUUAUUUGGAAACUCCGUCUGGAUUAAAAUUUGUGUUAAAUACUGAUAAUGUUACACAAAAUGCUAGAGAAUUAUUACAACAACUAUAUAGAGAGGUCUAUUUAGAAUAUGUUGUGAAAAAUCCUCUAUGUCAAUUAAAUGAACCUAUUCAAAGUGAACUGUUUAAACUAAAAGUUGAUGAAUUAUUUAAAAAAUCUCCUUUAUUCUUAAGUAGAUCGAUAUAGAAUUUUUUAUAUUAUAUUAAUAAGUAUAAUAUACUUGAAUAUAAAAAUGUUUAGUGAUGUUAUACAAA